AUGGACGAGGAGGAGAACUUUGCGCGUCUGCUAGCCCAGUCCAACCCCGCACCUCAGCCAACGCUCUUCACCAACCACGCCGAUCCAUGGGCCAACCCAUUCGGCGGCGACGACCUCUCGGGCGGUUGGGGGGCGCCCCAAGCGGCGCCAGCACGCGAAGCCUCGCCACCGCCGCAGAACCUGUACGACGGGGGCUUCGGGAGCGGGCUCCCCGACCCACCCUCGGUCAUCCACGCACGCGAGCGCGAGGAGCUGGCCGCGUUCGGCGGAGGCUUCGGCGAUGACCCGAUGUCGAACCCCUUCUCCAGCUCGCCGCGCACGAGCCCGCGCAAAUCCCAGUCAUCCCAACCACCUUCCCCCGCUGCCGCUCGCCGCUCUGUCCCUUCUUCACCAGAGGCGGCGCGUCAACGUACCCUUCCCCCCGGCCUGAUCGACGAAGAACUCCUGGCCGAGAACGAUCCCGAGGCUAGCCUGAAGCGCGCGUUCGUCAAACAUGACGACAAGCCUCCUCUUGCCGUCGUUCCGCCCACGCCGGAGAAGAAGGCGCCGUACGUCUUCGCGCCAUCCAGGGAGUCCAAGCCCGAGCCCAAGCCAGAGGUCAAACCUGAGGUUAAAGAGGCCAGAGCGGAGGCGGCGGCAUCGGGGAGCCUACCUUUACCGGAGAGCAGCAUGCCCACGCCAACACCGUCGCGACCAGACACACCCGCUGCACCGGGGUCGGCACCCACCGAUCGUGUCUCCGUGUCGCCACUCGACACACCGGCUGGCGAGCCCGACUACGGGUUCCGCAGCCUCGCGAUCGGCGCGAGCAGCGCGAACGGAUCGUCGCCGACGGCGAGAUUCGGCGGGCGCGGAUGGGGUGCAGUGGAUGACGAGCCGUUGAGCACCAGCGGGGAUCCAUGGAACGAGGGUGCGGGUGGGGGAUGGGGCGAGCCGGGUCCGCUCGCGACUCAGUCGUCGACGGCGUCGAUCAACGACGCGGAACCGGAGGCAGAACCGGACGAGGAAGAGCGUGAGGAGCCGCGCACCUCUCAGGACAGCGCCAAGUCGCUACGCCGGCCCAAGCUGCUCAGCACGCCCGUGUUCCAGAUCACGGUUAGCGACCCGACCAAAAUCGGCGACCCAGUGCGCGGACACGUCGUGUACACGGUGCGCACCAAGACGACGUCUCCGCACUACCGCCGUGGCGACUUUAGCGUGCUGCGCCGCUUCUCCGACUUCCUGUGGCUGUACGAGCAGCUGACGGCCAACAACCCCGGCGUGAUAGUGCCGCCUGUGCCGGACAAGCACGCGUUCGGGCGUUUCCAGGAACAGUUUAUUGAGACGCGCCGGGCCGCGCUACAGCGCUGCCUCACCAAGAUCACAGCGCACCCUAUACUCCAGCUUGACCCGGAUCUGCGCCUGUUCAUCGAGUCGGACAGCUUCGCACUGGAUAUCAAGAACCGGCGCGCGGGAGCCGAGACGCCUUCUACUCCCUCCGCGGGCCUGCUCAGCUCGUGGACAGGGCCGCGGUAUGUCGAGAAGGACGAGUGGUUCGACCAGCGCAAGGCGUACCUUGACCACCUGGAGGGCCACCUCAAGAGUCUGAGCAAGAGCCUGGACCUCGCGAGCAAGGCGCGCCUCGACAUGGCAGUUGCGGUCGGCGAUGUCGCGGACGCUGCGCAGGCGCUCGCGGACUCGGAGCUUGGCGCGGCAAUGUGUGCCGCGCUUGGGCGGUUGGCAGAUCUGGCGCGGCGCGAGAAGGGUGCUGGCGAGGCACAGGCUACAGCUGACGUGAGCCAGCUCCUGAACUUGUCGGACGAGUAUGUCCGGUUCAUUGGCAGUGUGCGCCUCGCAUUCGGUAGCCGAGUGCGCGCGUACCACGCUUGGCAGGCGGCGCUGAAGGAGGUGACGCGCAUUCGGCAGGUCCGCGACAAGGCGCGACUGCAGGGCCGGCCUCCCGCCCAAGGCGGCAUCUCGAUGGCGGAGCAGGCUGAGGCGGAACGGCGGAUGCGUGACACGAGCGCCGACUUUGAAGCGCAGAGCAAGCUCGUCAAGGCCGAGUUUGCCCGGUUCGAGCGCGAGCGCGUCGACGAGUUCCGGCGCACUCUCACCGCCAACCUCGACGGCCAGAUUGCGCGACAGCGCGAGCUCGUGACUGCGUGGGAGGAGUACCAUGCGAUGCUGCUCAAGAUGGUGCAGCGCUCGCAGGCGCAGCAGGCGGCGCAGUAA